ACUAAAGGCGGGAAAUCCGAACACAAACAGCUGAUAGGGGAGGCCAAGUGUGGUGGAGUGGUGGCGGUGAUGCUGGCGGCAACGAGGAGGCCUGCAAUAACUGUUUAGCAACGAGGAGGACACACACACAUACUCAGACACCAUGCCUCUGCUACACAAGCGGCCCUUCGUCAAGACUGAGCCGCCCACCAAUCUGCAGGCCUCGGAUAAGGUGUUCUACUGCGAGAUGACUGGCGAGGUGUUCACCCAGUACGAGGAGUUCUGGGAGCGGCUGGUGCUGUGCAACUCGAUGGUGUGGUGCUGUGAGCUGACGGGCCGGCCUAACCUGACGUACCUGGAGGCCGUGGAGAGUGAGACCCGGGCGCGCCGCUGCCUGGCCAACAUUCCCCAGUUGGUGCGGCGGCCCAUGUUGUACCUGGCCAGCCUCACUCGCCGCGGCCGCUUCAUUGACCUGAGUGAGGAUGUUUUCACCUUUGUACGUGACCGCUACUUUGUUGGGGAGGAGGUGGAAGCCAUUGUGCACAAACACUGGUAUGACUGCAAGGUAACGAGGGUGAUUCUCCCGACACCUGAAGAGAUAGAGAAGUACCUGAAGGACAUUGAGGAGUCUGAUGAAGAGAUGGAAGAAGAAGGUACCAAUAAAGUGAAGAGUGACGAUGAUGUGCAAGUGAUUAAUGAGGUCACGAAAACUGAGAAGGUGAAGGAGGAGGAGGAGGAGGAGGAGGUGAAGGUGAUAAAAGAAGUGAAGACCAAGGAGAAGAAGGAAGACCAGGAGAAGAAGGAAGAGGAAAACUAUCCUCCAUUUGCCACAUUCAAGUAUGAAGUGAUUGAGCUUGAGGCGUGGGACUACAAGGAGAAGAAGACACACAUCGUGGGGUGGGAGCAGAUCCGCCGCAACAAAGGCGUCAUCACCAGAGAGAAGUGCAAGCUGUUCCUCAAGCAGUGUGUCCAGCUGUCCCCCCUCGGCUUCUGGGUCAUCAAGUGUAAGGGGGAGGUAUGUCCGGACCAGAAUGUCAGUCUGUCACUGUCAUACCUGCAGGAGAAGACAGCAUCCUUCCACAACCUUGCUGACAUGAAGUUUGCCGACAUCUUCCCCGGUCCACCACCCAAGUUCAGGGAGACAAGGGCCAAGAAGAUGCCGCUGAGCCUCAAUCCCGACUGUGUGGCAGAGAGGAGGAGGGAGAGGAAGGAGGCCAGAGAGAAGGGCGAAGGUGGAGGUGGAGGGGAUGGGAAGAGGAGAGGUCGUCCUCCCCUCACAGAUGAGCAGAAGGAAGCCAAGAAGAAAAUGAUGCAGGAGGCCAAGGAAGCAAAGGAGGAGGUGAUUGCUGAGCAGAAGGAGAAGUUACGACUAAAGUUGGAGAAGGAAAAGGAAGAGAGACAGAAAGAGAGGGAAAUCAAGAAGGAAGAGAAAAGACUCCGACUCCAGUACAUCAAGGAGUGGCACAGAGUGAGAGAAGACCUGGACUGUGAUGACCACAAGAACUUGCCUCAGCCAACACCAGUGAUCUGCGGCAUCCCAGACCAGGAAUUCAGUAACUUCAUGACGGUGUUGGAGUUUGUCAACAUUUUCUGGGAAGUGCUGGAGCUGAAGGAUGUGUAUCCUCAGGGUGUCACCUUUGAGAUGCUGGAGGCGGGCCUGGUGGAGAAGGAGGUGGCAGGUGUGUAUAGUGAUCUACUGCAGCUGCUCCUCCAGGCACUCUUCACUCUGCAGGAGGAAGAGGAUGAUGAAGUGAAGGAAGAUACCUCUGGGGAUUUGUGGCUAUGUCUGGGCCAUCUUGGCUGGAUGGUGAAUCAGGAGACCUCACUACAGCUGGAUGCUCUCACUCUCACUGAAGUGUUGAGGCUUCACCUACUGGCUUCCGGUGCUACGUGAGGAGCCAAUGCCCGCUGGAGGCACUUCAACCGUGGUGGCUACAAACACCAUGAUGAUCCUGGCCUGCACUUCAAGUUGGAGGAGCCGGGGACUCUUGAAGAAACUAGCAAACAUCACUUUCUACCUGCCUUUACAGGAGAGAAGCUGAAGAUCCUCAACAUACUUAUAGGACAGAUCCUCACCUAUGCCACUCUGCGGGACACCAUUGAUGACAACAUUGAGGAGCUGAAGAAGGAGAAGAAUUGUCUGAGACUACACCAGCAGACUGCUGGCCGCUAUGAGAAGGAGAUUCAAGCAGCAAGAGUACAGGAGAAACGUGAUCGCAAGCAGAAGGAGAAGGAGAAAAUGCUGAAGGCUGCUGAGAGAGGAAGGAGGAGCAGAAGCAGGGAGAGGAGACUGCCCAGGCGCCUGAUUCUGAGGAAAGGAAGGAAGAGGAGGAGGAGGAGGCUGAGGAAGAGGAGGAAGAAGAGGAGGAGGAGGAGACAUGAGGAUGAAGCAGAGAAAACAGCGCGACUAGAAAAGGAAGCCAAGAACAAUGAGGCGCGUCGGCAAGACUUGCGGCGACGUGAGGCUGAACUCAUCCAGAAGGUACUGAGUGCUAGUCGGGGGAGUGGCACCGCCCCACUGGGCCAGGACCGGGCGUACCGCCGAUACUGGGUGUUCAGCAGCCUGGUGGGACUCUUUGUGGAGGACUUUGAGCCAUUCCCCGGGUCGUGCCGUGCCUUCCCCACCCCCCACCACCCCAACUCCCUGGCGAGGAUGAUGGAGGAGCAUGCCCUGGCCAUCCGGGAGCAGGCGUGCCACAACCUGGCCCACACCCCUGAUGAUGUCCCUGCCAGCAACAAAGAAAAUGCUGGCCCUGCCCCGCCCCGGCCCCUGGCCGUGAACCACCUGCCCAACCGGCCACUGCACCUGGUCAAUGGGGAACAGGCAGCAAGCCUCAAGCAGGAGAUUAAGCAGGAUGAGAAGGAGGUGGAUAUUGAGGAGAUCCCGGUGUUUGGGCUGUGCACCGCUGAGCCGGAGACCUGCCCUGUACAUGCCCCGUCCCACCACCCGCCACCGCUGGUACUUCUUCCAACAGCUCAGACCAGCUGCCCGCCCUGCUCAGCUGCCUCAACCCUCGGGGCCACCGGGAGCGUCGCCUGCGUUCCAACCUCACCGCCCUGCUGCCCACCCUGCAGACGUCCCUCAAGGCAUGCCCCAUCAGCCGCCUCAACCCAAGCCUGGGCGCCUUGCAGGAGUUAUAUAGAGGGCGAGGGAGGCCUUCGCAAGUCCCAGCGGCACACUGGUGUCAAAAAGGACACCAACCUUAACUUCCCGCUGGGCACUCCUAUGGAGGAGGUCCUCAAGGUCACCCUGACGGACAUCAUCCUGGAGACAGAGGAGAAGCUGCAUGUGGGCAUGCUGGGUAGCCUGCAGAGGCCCCUCCAGCGGGAGGAGUGGAGGGAUGCACUGAUCACCGGCACCCUGCCUCUCAUCUCCACCAUGGGACUAUGGUGGCAAGAAGCGCCUGGCUCACCUCAGGUAUGUGCUGAGUUGGAUCAGGAUGCUGAGGAAGCCUUGAAGCCAAAGGAGGAGGAGGCAGCCAAUGCCAUAGAGGAAGUGAAGCAGCUGCGGCACGCCAUCCUUCACCUGGCCCGGGCUGUGGAGUCCAAGUACCUGCAGCCUCCCCUGGGGGAGACAGACAAAGCCAGAAAGACUCGGGAGAGAGCAGAAGAAGCGUACCUGAGGAAGCAGCGCAAAGAGGAGGAAGAGGCAGACUCAAAUGGAGAAGCAGAAGAAGAAGAGGAGAUCAAGAGCCUGUCCAGCUUCCUGACGCCUCUGGAGCGCUGGGAGGACUCCCUUAUGGCCUCCACCAGCUUGUCACAGGUGUGCCUUCACUUUGCCACCCUGGACAACUCCAUCAGCUGGGCACACUCGGCAGCCAACACUCGGUGCAGAGUGUGCCGCCGCAAGACUGACCCUGAGAGCAUCCUGUUGUGUGACGGCUGCAACAAGGGCACCCACCUGCAGUGCCUCAAGCCAAAGCUGAAGGAAGUUCCUGCUGGGGACUGGUUCUGUGACCGCUGCCGCCCUAAGGAGCGUCCCAAGAGUCCUCGCAAGAAGAGACAAAUAUAUUGUGAGGAGGAGGAGUCUGAUGAAGAGGAGGAGGAGGAAGAGUGCAGUGACGUGUGCUACACUUGCUGCUUGGCUGGCACUCUUAUCUGCUGUGACACGUGUCCACUGGCCUUCCAUCCUGAGUGUGUGGCGCUGCGCAAGGUUCCCCGAGGCUCCUGGUCCUGCCCACACUGCACAGGGAAGGAUGCUGCAGAUGACAAGAAGAAAAGUAGCAAGGAAGUCAGUAAAGGCAGUAAGGAUGGAGGCAAGAACAAGAGCACUCCCAAAGCCACCACACCAAAGUCUGCUGCAGGGAAGAAAACUCCAAAGGCAACAACUCCCAAAGUUGUAACACCUAAGAGCACACCCAAGAGCUCCUCCAGCUCCAGGGCAUCUCCCAAGAGUCAGAAGAACAACUCUUCACCAUCUGAGAAUAGAAAACGGAGAAGUGAGGGAGAGACACCUCAGUCGGCCAAGAGGAGUAAGAGAGGCACCUCUGACUCUCCCCCAAGGAGGGUUAGUGGCAGGCGGUCUCUUGUGGAUGAGACCAGCACCCUCAACACUGCUGCUCUCACGUCCCUGCUGGAGGAGCUGCAGCGACAUCCUGAAUCCUGCCACUUCAACAAGCCGGUCUCCAAAAAACUGGCCCCAGACUACUAUGAAGUGGUGAGGAAGCCCAUGGACUUUGGACGCGUGCGGGACAAACUCACCUCCUUCAAAUACACCUCUGAUGGGGAAUUCCUUGCAGACGUCAUGCUGGUGUUCCAGAAUUGCCAGCAGUAUAACCUUGAGGACACGCCUGAGUACCGGGCUGGCUCCCUCCUGUCUGACCUGUUCUUGAAUCGGGUGUCCAAGCUAGGCCUGCCUCUGCCUCACAACUCGCCAUCCUCUCUUGUCUCUCCGUCAGGCAGGAGGAGGCGACGCUGAGGCAUUUAGUGCGAGGCUGGGGUCUUCUUGUCUGAUAUUGUAAGAAGCAGUCUCACUUUCUGGGCUGCCUUCCUGUUGACUUCAGCAGAUGACAGGAAGCCCUUGGGUUUUGAAUGAUUUCUGGCAUUCAAAGUC